GGUAUUCCACAAUGGGUUGUUAUCCGUUUUGAAGAGCCACAGUCAAUAAGCAAAUUUUUAAUACAGUUUCAAGGUGGUUUUGCAGCUAAAGCCGUAUCAGCUUCCGUGCAAGCUAGGAAUGGAGAACUAAUCGUAGAGGAAACCUUUUACCCGGAGGAUGUUAAUUCACCACAAACUUUUCUAUUGAAGGCGCCUGUAACAAAGAAAGAAGCGUCGAAAAUGAAAUUGCUAUUUCCGUCAAGUACUGACUUUUUCGGUAGAAUAAUUGUGUAUAAAAUUGAAAUAUAUGAAUAAUAAAUACAUAUCGAUAUCUGA